CGGCCCCGCCCCCUCUCCGUCCUCUGUUCGGGACCGGUUGAGAGCUGGCGGGUGAGGUAGGAGGCUCUCGUGGGCGUCAGGCGACCGAGCCCCCAGGGCCAUGAGAAGCCCAGCUUCUGGCCUUCCCCUCCCACUGCUGGCAGCGAUCCUGCUGGCCCCAACACCUGCCCCGUUCCCGGCCCCAGGCCCUGACGUCUCUGGCGCCCCGCUUUCUCCAGCCGAAUACGAGCGCUUCUUCUCAGCACUGACCCCGAUUUGGAAAGCGGAGAUUGCCUGCCGCCUGCGGGCAACUCAGGGCUGCCAGAACCACAAGCUUGUUCAGUUGGACCAAUAUGAGAACCACGGCACCCUGCCCCAGGGCUCUGUCUGCACAGACCUACCUUUUGCUUCCUGGUUUGAGUCCUUCUGUCAGUUUACCCAGUAUCGCUGCGCCAACCGACUCUACUACGCCAAGAGGGUCUUGUGCUUCCCGUCACCCUCACUUCUCUCAUCCCCUGAGACCUUUACCAGGAUGGACAGCACAACAGUCCCUUUUAGCCUGCCCCAUGUCACAACAGCAGAGAAAGUGAGGCCUGAAACGUAUUUGCCCUGGAGUGAACAGAUUUACACUGAUGUGAAGGAUCUUCUGCAGUCCUCCCUUUCCAUGGAAAAGAAGGGGAGUAAGGCUCGCAUAGAAUCUCCCACUCCCCCAUCUACCAGACAGGUGAGGAAGAAGCACUUUCACCCUGCAGUGAUCGAGGGCAUCAGGGAACUCAUUCGAUCAGCCCAGGUCCUGGGGAGCCAGAACAAGAUUACCCAAGUUGAUGAAGAUGAUUCUUUUGAAAGAUCUCCUCACAUAUCUUCCUCAGGUCUCCUCUCUCUGCCUGGGGAGGAGGCCCUGUUGGUAUUGUGUUACACAAUCCUUUCAGGCAGCUGCCCUGCUAUCCCUAUGACCAAAGCCUGGCAACAUAUUGAAGAACAGAUUUACGGCUUCGGGAACACGGUGUGUGAUAGCUUCGGUCGAAGACACCUGGAAACUUGCCAGCAUUGUGCGUUCUGCUCCCUGAAGUUAGAGCAAUGCCAGUCAGAGGUACCUCUGAUGCGGGAGCCCUGCAGUGAAAACCACAUGGAAGAGUUUCUCAGCCCAUUGCUUUCUGCUCAGGAUACCACUCUAGGCAUAGAGGUGGGCCCUAGGAUGGAGGGCCAAUAUUAUGGGCUGGAUUUGUAUGGGGGUCUUGGCAUGGACUUCUGGUGUGGUCAGCUGGCCACAAAGGGCUGUGAGGACACCCGAGUCUCCAACUGGCUGCAGACUGAGUUCCUCUCUUUCCAGGAUGGAGAUUAUCCCUACAAGAUCUGUGACUCGGAUUAUAUACAGUACCCCAACUACUGCGCUUUUAAAAGCCACCAGUGUCUGCUUCGUAACCAGGACAAGAAGGUGUUCCGCAUGAGAUGUCUGAAGAAUGAGACGUAUUCAGUACUGAACGUAGCCAAAGGCGAGGAGGCUAUACUGCUCUGGAGCCAGAAGUUCAGCAGUUUAUCCCUGGGCCAUGGGGGAUGAACUUGGAAACCAAGGAGAUAGCAGAGGUUAUGUUCACUUGGAUCCACCCCAGUGCUCUUCAUUCUCUAAGCUUGCCCACUCCCAACCCUUUCUCCAGCCUCAUCCCUUCAAACACACCAUCUCUCUUGGUCCCUUAGCAACGUCCUUAUCCCUCAGUCUGGCCUCAGCCAGUCCAUCUCUCUAACCUCUUGUUGUUUGGUCCCUGACUACACUCUCCCAUUGUUCUUGGGAGUGAGACAACAGAGAAGGACAUUUGUUAUUUUGAUGAGGAAAUCCACCUGCCUUAUACCUGUGCUUCCCAAAAAGGUGCCUCUAAAUAAAUAUUUAUUUUCAACCUUG